AUGGCUGGCCAGGCACAAAACGGCCACGGCGACCUCGCCAGGAAGCCGCCCGUCGUCGUCAUGUACUCGCCGCCGGGGAUGGCGGGCCACCUGGUCCCCGUGGUGGAGCUCGGCAAGCUGCUGGUCGCGCAGGGCCUCCGGGUCACCGUCGUGCUCGGCGGCGGCGGCGCGUCCUCGUCGCUCCUCCACGCCGCCGCGGCCGCCAACCCGGCGCUCGCCUUCCACUGCCUGCCCCCGGCCGCGCUCGCCCCCGACGUGGCCGCCGCCUGCAGCCGCAGCUUCGAGGCCAGGCUCUUCGAGCUCGCGCGCGCCGCCAACCCGGACCUGCGCGACUUCCUCCGCGCCGCGCCCCCGGCCGCCCUCCUCAUCGACUUCUUCUGCAGCGCCGCGCUCGACGUCGGCGCCAAGCUCGGCGUGCCCACCUACUUCUUCUUCACCACCUGCGUCGGCAGCGUCGCGUUCGGGCUCUACCACCCGGUCAUCGACGAGCGGACCACCCUCGGCUUCGGGGACAUGGGCGGCGACCCCGUGCACGCCCCGGGACUGCCGCCCAUACCGGCGGAUCACCUCGCCGGGGCCAUCCAAGAUCGCGAGAGCUUGAGCAACAGGCACUUCGUGGACUUGGGCCUAAGGAUGUGCGACUCCAUGGGCGUCCUCGUCAACGGCUGCCGGUCCCUAGAGCCGGGCGCCGCCGACGCCAUCGUGGCAGGCCUCUGCAAUCCGCAGUGCCGGCCGACGCCGCCGCUGUACUGCGUGGGGCCGCUGAUUAAGCACGGCGAGGAGACCGGGGCGUCAAAGCGCCACGAGUGCCUCGCGUGGCUCGACGGCCAGCCCAACGCCAGCGUGGUGUUCCUCUGCUUCGGCAGCAUGGGCCGCUUCAGCGCGGAGCAGGUCAAGGAGAUAGCGGCGGGCCUGGAAACAAGCGGGCAGCGGUUCCUGUGGGUCGUGCGGCGCCCGCCCCCGCCCGGCGCCGAGCGCCGGCCGCCGGCCGACGGAGACGACGACGGCGACAUCGACGAGCUGUUCCCGGAAGGCUUCCUGCAGCGGACCAAGGACAGGGGGCUGGUGGUCAUGUCCUGGGCGCCUCAGCGGCAGGUGCUGGCGCACGGAGCGGUCGGCGGCUUCGUAACGCACUGCGGCUGGAACUCGGUGCUGGAAGCUAUCAUGGCGGGCGUGCCGAUGCUGGCGUGGCCGCUGUACGCGGAGCAGCGCAUGAACAGAGUAUUCCUCGUCGAGGAGAUGCGGCUGGCCGUGCCCAUGGAAGGGUACGACAAGAAGAUGGUCGAGUCCGACGAGGUGGCGGCCAAGGUGCGGUGGCUGAUCGAGUCCGACGGCGGGAGGGAGCUCCGGCAGCGGACGCGGGCGGCCAUGCGGCUGGCGGAGGAGGCGGUGGGCGACGGCGGCGAGUCGAGGGCCGCGCUGGUGGAUCUCGCGAGACAGUGGAAGAGCGCCGCCGACAGCUGA